GGCUGUCUGAUCCACACUCUGAAAAAUGGCAAAUGCGAAUCAACAGCAACCUGAAAUAAAGAUUAACAUCCAAGAGCGACAGAAUUCACGUCUCAAAGAUGAACGCUACAUCUCAGGGAAGCAUGUAAGUGUACGAAGACUGAGAGAGCUAAUACAAACGACGGACCCUAAGAAUCCCAUGACGAGGUACAUCAUAAAGGAAAUCCCACCCUACCCAACUCCAGUUGAAUUCUGGGUUUCAGAUGUAGCUCAUGUUACUGACAAGUCAGGAGUGAUGGGGAUACUGGAGUCGGAGCAGUUCAUGGCUCCUGAAAGUGAGUUCUCAUGGUGGGGCUUAAAAAUUAAUAAAGAGGAGAUAAGAGCAGCAGAGGAACGCUACAUGGAGGGUAAAUCAGAGCUGAAUGAGCAGAAGCCAUUUCUGGAGAAGUUCACCACAUCACCUUCGUUCCAACCUGAGAAAUCCAGAUACGGUAAUUAUCGCUUCACAUUCCCCCUCACUGAUCUGAUGCAAUGGUACAAGGAACAGAACUGUGGAGGAGAAGAGCCGGUUCUCAGGGUGUACAAGACCGUCACCUACAAACAGGAGAUUAUGUACGUCUUGCUGAUUCACAGUCCUGAGGAUAACGAGCGCUUUGGAGGAUAUCCGCUUCUUGAAGCCAGUGAGUGGGUUCGUUAUCAGGACGGGAAAAUUACCUGGAAAGCACAAGCCAUUUGUGAAACCCACUGGUAUCAGUUUGUUUCAGGAGAAGUGCAACGUCUAUAUUCUAAGGAGUUUUAUGUCUGGGAUCAAGUUAGUUUAGUCUUUCACUUGCCAAAAGAUAUUAAACCUCAUAAGGUCCUGAAAAUUCCCAGAGAACGGCUUAUUGAAGCCCUCGAGGAAUGUGACCUUGACAAGAUAAAUCUCUCGAGGAACAAAGGUCCUAAAGACAAUGAGAAAGAAAGACAGGAAUGCUUCUUGGAAGCUGAGAGGAAAAUUAACAUCCAAGAGCAACAGAAUUCACGUCUCAUAGAUGAGCGCUACAUCUCAGGGAAGCAUGUAAGUGUACGAAGACUGAGAGAGCUAAUAAAAACGACGGACCCUAAGAAUCCCAUGAAGAGGUACAUCAUAAAGGAGAUCCCACCCUACCCAACUCCAGUUGAAUUCUGGGUUUCAGAUGUAGCUCAUGUUACUGACGAGUCAGGAUUUAAGGGGAUAUUGGAGUCGGAGCAGUUCAGGGCUCCUGAAAGUGAGUUCUCAUGGUGA